GCCUCCCGUGGCAGCGCAGCGCAUCUUUGCUCCCUUAUUCCACCAUCUCAUCGCCCCUCACGCCCGCCAAUGAGCGGGUAUGCAGCAUCGCAUCCAUCGACACGACCACCACCGCCGAUCGUAUCGCUCUGACUCGUUCCCCCUGCACUCAAUCGACGACGACGACGACAACGACAACGACGGCUCAAUGGCUCGCGGUCGAAGCCAUGUCGACCAACCCUAUCGCGACGAUGCCAACGCAGAUGCGGAUGACGACGAGCAGGCGCGCCUCCUCGAUGCGGAUGCGGGUGCCUCAACCAAGCAUCCUACUCGUCAGGACCAACGUCAAAGAAAUCGACGACGACGCUUCUUCUCCCUCUUCUCCAAGCCCCGCACAGCAACGAGCGCGCAAGGUCGCACCAUCCCCCUCGGUCAUCCCUCCGCCUCUCACCCUCGCAAUCUAAUCCGCAAUCAAAAAUACACUCCACUCACAUUCCUCCCUCUAGUCCUCUACGAGCAGUUCAAAUUCUUCUUCAACCUCUACUUCCUCCUCGUUGCCCUCUCUCAAUUUAUCCCCGCGCUCAAGAUCGGUUUCCUGGCAACGUACAUUGCGCCGUUGAGCUUUGUGCUUGCGGUUACGAUGGGCAAGGAGGGGUGGGACGAUUGGGAGAGAUGGAAGAGGGAUGGGGAAGCCAAUGCGAGUGGGUAUGAGGUGCUGAGGGCCAGGCAGGGCGGCGAUCCUGAUGCGGCGGGGAGAAGGGAGGAUCUCGAGGCUGGAGCUCGGAGAGCGCCCCACACGCGCAGUUAUCGUGCUACAUUGCCCAGCAGUAAGAUUCGAGUGGGAGAUUUUGUUGUGCUGCACAAGAAUCAGAGGGUGCCCGCCGAUCUGGUUUUGCUCAAGACUUGGGCCGGAGAUCAGCAACCUCUGAGGGAGGGGACGCGCGGCGCUGAUGCCCGCGAGGAGGAGGAGCGGGAUGAGCGCUUUGUGCUGGAUGACGAUGAUGACGAUGAUGGGGAGGGGGAGGACAACCCCAAACACGCAGCUAGCAAGGCUGCUGAAGCGCGCGUGGAGGAUCCACAGGCUGGAGGGACGUGCUUCAUUCGUACGGAUCAGCUGGAUGGAGAGACGGAUUGGAAGCUCCGCGUUGCCAUCGAUGUAACGCAGCGCAUGUCGGAGAGCGACAUCGCCUCGCUGGCUCUGCAACCUGGCCGAGCGACAAUCUACGCCGGCCCGCCGAUCAAGGACAUUCACACCUUCGUGGGAACAUUCACUCUCAAUCCCCCGACCCGCGAGCCCAACUCUGCGACACCCGUCGCCACGCUCAUUGACGACCCAUCCUCUCGGGACGACCCAUCCUCUCGGGACAUCCCCCUCGACGCGCAACCUUCCGUCGCUCCUCUCACAGCCGAGAACCUCCUCUGGGCAAAUACAGUCCUCGCGGCAGGCUCGGCCAUCGGCCUGGUAGUCUACACUGGCCCCGAAACCCGCGCAGUCCUCAACACGCAAUCCCCCACGACCAAAGUGGGUCUCCUCGAUUUAGAGAUCAACCGACUCUCCAAAAUCCUCUGCGCAGUCACCUUCGCCCUCUCCGUCGGCCUUGUAGCCCUAAACGGGUUUCGCGGCCAGUGGUGGGUGUACAUCUUUCGAUUCCUCAUCCUCUUUUCCUCGAUUAUACCCAUCUCUCUGAGGGUGAACUUGGACAUGGGAAAGACGGUGUACGCGCGGCAGAUACAGGGGGAUGAAGAGAUCCCGGGCACCAUUGUGAGGACGUCGACUUUGCCCGAGGAACUGGGCAGGAUCGAGUACCUGCUGAGCGACAAGACGGGGACGUUGACGCAGAACGAGAUGGAGUUGCGCAAGCUGCACUUGGGAACUAUGAGCUACGGGUGGGAUACGAUGGAUGAGGUGGCUACUCAGCUUCGCCAUGCACUCGGCGCCAGUAACGCGAAUGGCAAUGGCGAGACGCCGGCCAAGUCACCAGGCGUCUCUGCCUCUGCGACGCAACAGUUCUUUCCUCUGGGCUCAGCGGGGGCGACAGGGGGAGCAGGAGGACGCCGCGACAUGUCGUCGCGCGUGAGGGACGUGGUCCUCGCCCUUGCGCUGUGCCACAAUGUCACGCCGGUAAGCAACGCCGAUGGGAGCACGACCUACCAGGCCUCCUCGCCCGACGAGGUGGCCAUCGUGCGCUGGACGGAGAGCGUCGGUCUCAGCCUGGUGGAGCGCACCCGCACCAGCAUGAAGUUGCGGUCCCACUCCGACGGGGCCCUCAUUUCUUUCGACAUCCUCGAAGUCUUCCCCUUCACUUCGGAGAGCAAGCGUAUGGGAAUCGUCGUACGCGAUCGCUCCGGCGGUUCCUCAGGCGGCGUCGACUUCUAUCAAAAGGGCGCAGACGUGGUCAUGUCGCGCAUCGUGGCUUCAAACGACUGGCUGGACGAAGAGUGCGGCAACAUGGCUCGCGAGGGGUUGCGCACGUUAGUCGUCGGACGCAAGCGACUGAGCGAGGCGGCUUGGCGCUCCUUCGAAGAUAAGUACAGGCAGACGCGCGUACAAGCCUCUCUUGGCCUCCGGGCGGGCAAGAACGCAGGUGGUGUGCAGAGGGUCAUUGCUGAGCAUCUGGAGCAGGAUCUGGAGCUCCUCGGCGUGACGGGCGUCGAGGACAAGCUGCAGGAGGACGUCAAGUCUACGCUGGAGUUGCUGCGCAAUGCGGGAAUCAAAGUGUGGAUGCUCACAGGCGACAAGAUCGAGACGGCUACGUGUAUCGCCAUCUCGUCCAAACUCGUGUCGCGCGGACAGUACAUCCACCAAGUCGCCAAGCUAGGCCAGCAGCAAGCCGCCCCCGCCGCGGCCACCAGCACCUCCACCCGCUUCUCGACCGACCUCCCACCGCAGCAGCACAUGGACAGCGACGCUGCCGUGCGGGACCUGCUGGCCUUCCUUCGCUCCAACCUCUCCUGCUGCUUGGUGAUAGAUGGCGACUCCCUCUCCCUCUGCAUGACCCCGCCCUACCGAGACGACUUCAUCUCCCUCGCCACCCAACUCUCCGCCGUCGUAGCAUGUCGCUGCUCCCCCACCCAAAAAGCCGACGUGGCCCGGCAGAUCCGUCACUUCACACGCAAACGCGUCGCCUGCAUCGGCGAUGGCGGAAACGACGUCUCGAUGAUCCUGGCCGCUGAUGUCGGGCUCGGCAUAGUAGGAAAAGAGGGCAUGCAAGCCAGCUUGGCCGCUGACUUCUCCCUGGUGCAGUUUAGCCACGUCACCAAGCUCCUCGUCUGGCACGGUCGUAACUCGUACAAACGCAGCGCCAAGCUAGCCCAAUUUGUCAUCCAUCGCGGACUGAUCAUCUCGAUCAUCCAGGCAGUCUUUUCCGCCAUCUUCUAUUUCGCGCCAAUCGCCCUCUACCAGGGUUGGCUCAUGGUGGGCUACGCGACCGUGUACACUAUGGCGCCCGUAUUCAGCUUGGUCCUCGAUCGCGACGUCAGCGAGGAUUUGGCGUUGCUCUACCCGGAGCUCUACCGCGACCUGACAAAGGGACGCAGCUUGACGGCAAAGACGUUUGCGAGUUGGCUGGCCAUCUCCGUCUACCAGGGAGGGGCCAUCAUGCUGCUCAGCCUGUAUCUGUUCGAGGCAGAGUUCCUCAACAUCGUCGCCAUCUCCUUUACGGCGUUGGUGCUCAACGAGCUGGUCAUGGUCGCCUUGGAGAUCACGACGUGGCAUGUCUAUAUGGUCAUGAGCGAGGUGGCCACACUGGCCGUCUAUGUAGGCAGCAUGAGCGUUUUGCCAGAGUACUUUGGUGAGUGGAGCGAGGCGUAAGGCGAGGUGACGUGGUUCUUCUCUGACUUUUUCCUUCGCUUGCUGCUCGCACAGAUCUGUCCUUCGUUCUGACGACGACUUUCCUCUGGAAGACGGCCCUCAUAGUGGCGGUCUCCUCGCUGCCCCUCUACGUGAUCAAAGUAGCGCAGAAUAGGCUGAGCCCGCCGAGCUACUCCAAGCUGUCCGUCGCGUAGCGUGUAGCGCGUCACGCGUAGCCUCGUCUUGCAAUGCAGGGCAGAAAUCGCUCAACUCGAUCGACCGUGUGAUGUGCAUCUCGUCGUGUGAUCAAGCUGCUCGCCCUCUCCCUCUCCCUCCUCCUC